GGCCUCCCUAGUAGACGAAAAGAAGUUAAAAGAAAGUAGACAGUACACCGGCUGACCGUUUCAAAAUGAAAGUUCUGCACUCCUCUCGUGACUUGUGUCCCACCUCUCUCUCUUUCUCUCUCAUCACUUUCUCUCUCCUCUGUAUCUUCUUCACCAUCACGACAUCAGAGCCCAACUACAAGCUGACAUUUGUUUAUACAAAUCCACACUCUUAAUUUUAUAGUGCUAGGUCAAUAGAAUCACGCUCUUAUUAUUCAUAUAAAAUAAUAAAAAGUUAACUUUUGAUUUCUUGAUCUCCUCAACCAAACCAAAUUAAUACUCUUUUUUUUUUUGUUGUUAAGUUUAUGUCUUUGACUCUUCGAUUCCUCUGCCUCAUGGCGCAGCCCACCUGAAAAAAAAGAUUAAGCGAUUUUUUUCCCUCUUUAUUGUUAUUAUCGACGGCGACGCAGAGAAAAAAAAAAAUAUAUAUGAAGUGCUUCCAUUUCACCAGCGGCGGGGAGCGGCGCUCCGGCGGAGACGAGGACGACGACGGCGGCGGCGGCGGCGAGCUGGACUGCUCCGCGUCGCGGAAGGUGUCGUGGGCGCGUUCCCUGAGCGUGGCGUCCACCAACCUGGACUCGCGCCGCUCCGAGUUCGACACCGACUCGCGCCGUGACUGGGCCGACUCGUCCGAGUUGUUCCAGGACUUUCUGACUCAGGGCCGCGCCAAUGAUCUGCGCGUGUUCACCUUCUCCGAGCUGAAGUCGGCCACCCGUGGGUUCAGCCGCAGCCUCGUGAUCGGCGAAGGCGGGUUCGGAUGCGUUUACCAGGGCCGGGUCAAGCUCGCCGAUUGCGGGUCGGGUUUUGGGUCCGAGGUGGACGUCGCUAUCAAGCAGUUGAAUCGGAACGGAUUCCAGGGGCACAAGGAAUGGAUAAAUGAAGUGAAUUUUCUAGGUGUGGUGAAACACCCGAAUCUCGUGAAGCUCGUCGGAUACUGCGCAGAUGACGACGAGAGAGGGAUUCAGCGGCUUCUCGUGUACGAGCUCAUGUGUAAUAAAAGCUUGGAGGACCAUUUAUUGACCCGCUCCGCUUCUCCUCUGCCGUGGAUCGUUAGGUUAAACAUCGCACGUGAUGCAGCUCGUGGAUUGGCCUACCUUCACGAAGAAAUGGAAUUUCAGUUGAUAUUUAGAGACUUCAAGACUUCAAAUAUUCUGUUAGACGAAGACUUCAACGCAAAACUCUCGGAUUUCGGAUUGGCGAGGCAGGGUCCAGCGGCUGGAUUAGGCCACGUUUCCACAUCGGUUGUUGGUACAGUAGGUUAUGCAGCUCCAGAGUACGUCCACACGGGCAGGCUAACCGCCAAAAGUGACGUGUGGAGUUUCGGAGUGGUGCUCUACGAACUUAUUACGGGGAGACGGGUGCUCGAGCGGAACUUGCCACGUGGCGAGCAGAAGCUUCUAGAAUGGGUCCGGCCUUACGUCUCGGAUUCAAGAAAGUUCCACAUGAUUCUUGACCAGCGCCUUCUAGAAGGUCAUAACUGCAUGAAGUCGGCUCAGAAACUAGCUUCCCUUGCCAACAAAUGCCUGAUGAAAAACCCCAAAUCGCGCCCCAAAAUGAGCGAGGUGAUCGAGAUGCUCGGUGGCAUCAUAGACGACUGCGGGCCCGUAGAAGCUGACGCGGCUGAAGCUGACGUGGCGGUGGAACCGAUCGAGAGGAGUCAUCACCGGAGAAAGGGUUUUGAUUUCGUGGAAUUAGUCAGGAGGAAUAGAUCGAUUGGGAAGUUGGAUUGGAGAAACUGGACCCCCGGUCUGGUCAGGACAUGAUAUCACUUACGGAGCCAGCAUAGGGUUGGGGGCCGUGGCCUCCUCCUAUUACUUCUCCAGAACUUGUUAUUUUUGUAAUAGGGGAUUUGUUAUUUUUUGAGGUAGUGUAGUAUUGCCGGCCCCCUUUAAAGAAAAACAACUGUGUAUAUUUGGGUCCCGCGAAUACAAAAUUCUGGCUCUGCCACUGAAAUAGUCUCUUACAUUCG